AUGGAGUUACCGGAAAGCAACAACAGGGUACGCCGAUUGAUUCAAUAUUGUCGUAGAAAAAUUAAAGAGAAAAUCCAUUCAAACAAAACGAAAAUAAAAUGGAACUGGCCGGAAUUACACCUUUAUUGCGGGAUUUGCGACUUGAAGACCGGGCUUUACAUACGAUGUAUUUUCAGCGUGGUGGUAGUUACUACCAUCCUUGUCAUGAAUUGUUUCAUGCUAUACUUCUUGUUAGAGAAUGGAAAGUUCCUGUUUGAUCUGGAGCUAGUUGAUUUGGAGGAAUACUUGCACGUGAAUUUCUCCGACAUCACUUUGGAGAAGUUAAGAAAAUUGCACACACUCGUAUUGAGUUAUUUGUUACUGUGGAUUAUAUUCAAGAUUUUGUAUAUAUUUGCAGUGUUUUUAACGUUUUAUGCUGUUUACAAGAAAAAGCCAAGGAUACUAAAGUAUGUGUUAUACAUAAACACAUUCAACUGGAUUUUUGACGUCUUCGUUUCGGCAUUGGGAGCUGCUGUAGCUGAAAUCAUGUCGAAAACUGUCGUAGUUAUUUCUGUUUUAUUCGAAGGCUACAACUUAAUAGCGAUUAGCAGCCAAUACAAGCAACUCAGGGGAAAAUCAAGAUUAAUUUUGAACGAAAACAACACCGACUAUAAUUUUGAAACGGCUACUUCAACAUCACCCGCUACUACUACUAAUUCUUCUGAGCAAACCCUAGAUCUACCAGUAGAACGUCCUCAAUAUACUACACAGCCUCCUCUCCAAAUUCAGCCAUAUUGCCAGACCUGUUCAUGUCGCGUAAAGUCUGUUUUCACAAGAAAUAUGGGAACUGCAAACACGUCCGGCGUUGAAUCAAAUCCGGCUGCACCCUUCACUGUGAAUCAAUUAGUACCAGGAGAAAGCACCGUUUUUGAAAAUGUACAGUGUGUGAAUACGUCUGUAGUCGUUGAUUUUCAAAGACUUUCGAGACCAACAACACUGGACUUGCUACCUGCAUACGAAGAGAAAAAGGUCGACUUGACAGAUGAUCCGGUAAUUUACGAUCAAAAUCAGUUGCAAAUAAGUGGAAGUUCAGUGAUAGAAAAUAGUAAAGAAAAUGAAUCGACGUAA